GGAGCCUGCGGGAGGCUGCUGUUGCAGUGUUGGUGCUGGUGGGAUCAAAGCAGAGUGGCCUGCGGCGCGGAGCUUGGAUCGGUACGCUAAGAAAAGUGACCAUGGAGAACAACAAAACCUCGGUGGAUUCAAAAUCCUUUAAUAAUUUUGAAGUAAAGACCAUACAUGGCAGCAAGUCAAUGGACUCUGGAAUCUACCUGGACAGUAGUUACAAAAUGGAUUAUCCUGAAAUGGGCUUAUGUGUAAUAAUUAAUAAUAAGAAUUUCCAUAAAAGCACUGGAAUGACAUCUCGCUCUGGUACGGAUGUGGAUGCAGCCAACCUCAGAGAGACAUUCAUGGGCCUGAAAUAUGAAGUCAGGAAUAAAAAUGAUCUUACUCGUGAAGAAAUUAUGGAACUGAUGGAUAGUGUUUCUAAGGAAGAUCAUAGCAAAAGGAGCAGCUUUGUCUGUGUGAUUCUAAGCCAUGGUGACGAAGGAGUAAUUUUUGGAACAAAUGGGCCUGUUGACCUGAAAAAAUUAACUAGUUUCUUCAGAGGUGACUACUGCCGGAGUCUGACUGGAAAGCCGAAACUCUUCAUCAUUCAGGCCUGCCGGGGUACGGAGCUGGACUGUGGCAUUGAGACAGACAGUGGAACUGACGAGGAUAUGGCAUGCCAGAAGAUACCAGUGGAGGCCGACUUCCUGUAUGCUUACUCUACAGCACCCGGUUACUAUUCCUGGAGAAAUUCAAAGGACGGGUCGUGGUUCAUCCAGUCACUGUGCGCCAUGCUGAAGCAGUACGCACACAAGCUUGAGUUUAUGCACAUUCUCACCCGUGUUAACCGGAAGGUGGCAACGGAGUUUGAGUCCUUCUCCCUGGACUCCACUUUCCACGCUAAGAAACAGAUCCCGUGUAUUGUGUCUAUGCUUACCAAAGAACUGUACUUUUAUCACUAAAGAAAUGAUUGGGGGUGGAGUGGGGGCGUGUGUCUGGUUUUUUGUUGUUGUUGUUUUGAAUGCCAAAUGAGAAGACUGUCAGGGAGACUUUAUUUCCCUCUCAUUUGAAUCAAAUCUGAUGUUCCAGCUGGUCUCUGCUGAUACCACUGCCUAGCAACGCAGCCACAAUUCGCUACCUCAGCUUCAACAUCAGGUAGUUGAAAGGAAAUUGAAUUAGGAACAAAUAAAUGUCAGUAAUGGUACUAUCACCAUAGAAGAAAUUACUAGACUACCCUUUUAUAAUUAGCAAGAUUUGGCCAUACUGUGAAUUUUGAAGUAAUUAUGAAGCAGUAAAGCUUUGCAGUGAUGGUUUUAUACUCCCUACUCAUGUUAAGAAUGUUAUUCUAGUGUUCUUUACACAUACACACAAUAAUGUCAAAUGAUAUGUCUUAGAACUUGUAUCCAUGAGAAGAGACAAGGGCUCAAACCCUUGUUUUGGAACUAGUUUAUGGAAAUGAAGAGUGGGACCACCAUAGCAUAUUAUAUCUACUGGUUUUGUGACAGUUGUCCAGGGCAUGUAUUUGUUUUUUGUUUUUUAAAAAAAUCGUGUUUUAUUAUUUGAAUGAAAAUAACUUGAGUAUUUAUGUGAGAGGAAAACCAUGUGCGAACUUGGUUGACUCUUUGAAAGCAAUCAUCCAUCAGUAGCAGACAUGAUGGCAAGGUGCUAAGAUCCACCAGCAUUUGUUUCUUACUUAUUCUUAUACAAAUCAGCUUAGUUUUACAGAUCAGCAAAAUAUCUAAAAGAACGGUUAUGUGGUUCUGUAACAGCCUCAAAUUGUUGAUUAUUAGAAUGAAAUAAAGGAAUUCUGUAAGAACACUCCGUAAUACCAGUUGUCAAACAGAGCGAAAGGAAAGGAGAGAUGAAAUCUCCUGUAAUUGGAGAGAAGAUGGUUUGAGCCAGAGCAGAGUCAUGGCAGAGCCAACUGGACCCACCUUGCGAGUACUGGUUUGUGUGGAUGAUGUCCCCAAAGUCCAAGUUCCCACGUGAGAAAGUGAACCAGAUCAGAAAUUUCUGCAAAAAGGCUUUUCCAGAGUGCUGAGAGUCUCAAGAAAGUUCACUGAACUCCAUGUACAGAGUGUGUAGCAUGCUGACUUUUCUGUUGAAGUUUACAAUGAAAGGAAAAUAAUGGUGAUAUUUGUAUCGUCACUAGAAGUGACAGAGCCAUGGCACACAAGCGGCAGGCCCUGCAGCCCAGGGAGAAGCUGCAGACUGGAGUCCAGUCAGGGGGACUGCUCCGGGCUUCCUUAUCAUGGAGGUGCUGAGUCAUUGCUGGCUCUCCUGAGGUGUCCAGCAUUUUCCACAAGCUUCCUUUUUGCACAAAGAAAGGAAGGAACUCACAUUAUAACUGAUAGAUUCUUGUUUAGACUGAAUUUAUUGUUAACUCUUUGUAAGUAAACACAGCAUGUAUUUUAAAGUGUGUUCCCAUGUGGCAAUUUUAUAAAAGUUUGUUAUCUUGCAUUUUUAUUUCAAAACAUAAAUUCAGAUUUAAAGUUA